AUGUCUGGUUCAUUCCCUGUCGAUUUUGCUGCCAGCCAAUUCACAUUCAACAUGACAGCACUCACUACCAACCAGACCAGCGCUCCAGACCAAGUCGCUGCACCUGCACAGUCGCCUCUAAGAUUAGCCGAUCCCCUUUCUACCAGGCUUAGAAAUUUGCAGUUGGAUCCAGAGCAACAUGCACAGUCGGUUGUGAGCAAUUUGGGGGAUUUGGAAUUGAUUAGCUCUCACGAUGCUAAUGAAUUUGACGACGACUUCGAAGAAGCCUGGGAGGAGCAAACUCCCGACAUCAACGAUGAGAGCACCUCCCAACAAGGCCCUCCCCUGCCGGAUAUCCAACUUGCAAUGCAGCAAGGUAUGAGAGUGAGAUGCAUCAAGUGCAGAAUCUCAAACACAUGCAAGGUAUCGCAAGUUUGGUUGCCCAAUCCGAGCCAGCCAGAACUUGUUGCACCCAAUUCGGCCAACAAAAAAAGCCAUUUGCACAUUGCCGCGUGUGGAAAGUGCUCUUUUGGGACUUGUUUGGGUUGUGGUGUAGCUCCCCACUUGAAGGAGUGCACCUUUUCAGAUACUCGGGCGGCUUGGGAGGCCUUGUGCGCUGUCGAUGAUGCUGUUCUUAACUUCCGUCAUGAGUCGCCAAAUCUCUCAGUGACUCAUGAAUACAGAGAAGUUCUCCCUGCCCUCUUGCACUGCCUAACGACCCUCAACACAACGGUUGCUAGGAACGGAGCACACACUUUCGGAUUCGACCAACUUCUCCGAAAGAGUAUGCUCCUGGAUAUAGUUGCGGAUUUCAUGAGAGAUAUGACAACACAGAACAUGGAACUGACUCCACUCCUGGUUCAGAUGUUGGAGUUCUUACACAUGUUGGCUGAAAAUGGCAAAACUAGAAACUUGUUCUUCGAAAAGCGACAAGUUUUAAAGGCAGCAUCACCGGGUCUCCAAACAUUGGCCUUUCCUCUUGUUCUUCUUCCUGUCCAGCAAGUCUCUACAUUCAACUGGAACGAUGACGAAGCCAGAACCUACGCCCUUUGGCCAAUAUUGCAAAGGUGCCUCAAGGUCGCACAGCAAUACAUGCAUGCAAAUGACGGUGAUGUUUGGUCUGCGGCUCUGGUUUCUCUGGUUCAGAGAAUUCCUGAUGUGUAUGCAUUGGUGGCAAGCUCGGUGCCACCAAAGCCCCUCAAGUUAACAUACACACAUUACACUCAGCAUGAGUGGGGAUACGCGAUCGGCUUAAAGGAACUGUUCUCGGUUGCUGUAGCCAAGAAUUCGGAAGCCAAGAAGGCUGCUGCCACCGACGAGAAUGCCAGCAAGAUAGAAAUUGACCCACCUCUGAAGAAGCGUGGUCGUGGUCGUGCUCGGGCGGAGGCUCAGGGAGUCGAUGAGGAUGAGGCCGGCAGGGCAGGAAAGAGAAGAACUGCUGGCAAGAGAUAG